AUGAAAAUCUCCAGGUCCAGGUGCCUAAUCCUUUCGUUUAUCCUCUUGUGUGGGCUGGUCCCAGAAGUUACAGCAGAAGUUGAAGAAGCCUCAGAGACUUUAGCCUUGUCCCACAUUACUAAGCCCCCAGUUGUUUUCCAUGACCCCUACGUUCUGCCAAAACCAGUUGAUAAUGAAAAAUUGCAUUUGGAUGCUGAAGACAUCGAGAACUUAGAUGCCACCAAGCUGAGCCGUUUCAUUCAGAUGAACAACCUCCACUGGGUGACAGAAUACAACCCUCUGAUUGCAGCUGGCUUAUUUAGCACUAUGAUUCAGACUCAUCUUCUCCUGAUGAUGAACAAGGCUUCCCCAGAGUAUGAACAGAGUGUGCUGAGAUUCCAGAAGGCAGCUAAGCUCUUCCAGGGACAGGUCCUCUUUGUUCUGGUGGACAGUGGCAGAGGGGAAAACAGAAAGGUGAUAUCCUAUUUCAAACUAAAGGAGUCUCAGCUGCCGGCUUUGGCCAUUUAUGAAACUGUGGAUGACAAGUGGGACACACUGCCCAUCACAGAAGUUACAGUGGAGAAAGUCCGAGACUUCUGCGAUGGAUUCCAAAAGAGGGUGCUGCUGAGAGAUCACAAUGCAGCCGAAGAUGCUGGGAAGGAGGAGCUCUGA